GCCACUGCCACCGCCACCCACAGGCAGAGGCUCCAUCCGCCGCAUCAGAGACAUGUUCACCUCCGCCCUCCGAUCCCGACCCGCGUGGUGCGCUCGCAGUCAAUGGCAGACGCGAGCUCUCUCCCUCACCGCACGCAGAAGACAGGCCUCUCCCGUCGAUGGCGAUGCCUCUGGCCUUAAUGCCGUGUCGAAGACCAUCACCCAGCCCAAGUCGCAGGGCGCGUCGCAGGCCAUGCUGUACGCCACCGGCAUGACCGAAGUCGACAUGAACAAAGCCCAGGUCGGCAUUUCGUCCGUGUGGUUCUCGGGCAAUCCGUGCAAUAUGCACCUGUUGGACUUGAACCACAAGAUCAAGGAGAGCGUGCAAAAGGCCGGCUUGUUGGGCAUGCAGUUCAACACCAUCGGCGUCAGUGAUGGUAUUUCCAUGGGCACCAAGGGCAUGCGCUAUUCGCUGCAGAGCCGAGACAUCAUCGCCGACUCGAUUGAAACGGUUAUGAAUGGGCAGUGGUACGAUGCAAACAUCAGUAUCCCAGGCUGUGACAAGAACAUGCCGGGUGUGGUAAUGGCCAUGGGGCGGGUCAAUCGGCCGAGUAUCAUGGUGUAUGGAGGUACCACUGCUGCUGGCUGUGGUGUACAGGCAAAAAAUGCGAAAUUGGACAUUGUGUCGGCCUUCCAAGCCUACGGACAGUUCCUUACAGGCGAGAUCAACGAAGACGAAAGGUCAGACGUCAUCCGCAACGCCAUUCCCCAUUGCGGCGCCUGUGGCGGCAUGUACACGGCAAACACGAUGGCAUCCAUCAUUGAGCUGCUUGGUAUGACUCUCCCCGGGUCAUCAACGAAUCCCGCAAUGAGCAAAGCAAAACAGCUUGAAGUCAUGGCCGUUGGUCCCGCCAUUCGCAACCUGCUCAAGGAAGACAUUAGACCCUCGGACGUCAUCACGCGCGACGCGCUGGAAGAUGCCAUGGUUCUUCUCAACAUCACCGGUGGCUCAACAAAUGCAGUCCUGCACUUGAUCGCCAUUGCCCACAGCGUUGGGAUUGAUCUUACAAUCGAUGACUUUCAAAAAGUUACAGAUCGAACACCAUUCCUAGCAGAUCUCAAGCCUUCAGGGAAGUAUGUCUUCCAAGACUUGCACGAGAUUGGAGGCACACCCAGCUUGAUUAAAUUCCUGCUUGGCGAAGGUCUGCUCCAUGGCGAUCGAAUCACGGCAACUGGCAAGACUAUCAAAGAGAACUAUGAGAAGGCACCAAGCUUCCCAGAAAGCCAGGAUAUCAUUCGACCUCUCAGCAACCCAAUCAAGCCUACUGGUCACUUGUGCAUUCUUCGCGGUUCUCUGGCACCAGGCGGAGCUGUUGGCAAAAUCACCGGCAAGGAAGGUACUGUCUUUACUGGCAAGGCCAAGUGCUACGACGCCGAAGAUCUCUUCGUCGAAGCACUCGAGCGCGGUGAGAUCAAGAAGGGCGAGAAGACUGUCGUCAUCAUCCGCUACGAAGGCCCCAAGGGCGGACCUGGUAUGCCGGAGAUGUUGAAGCCCUCUUCCGCCAUCAUGGGAGCUGGUCUUGGUAACGACGUCGCUCUGAUCACCGAUGGACGAUUCUCUGGUGGUUCACAUGGUUUCCUGAUCGGCCACGUCACGCCCGAAGCACAAGCUGGAGGCCCCAUUGGCCUCGUCCGAGAUGGCGAUACGAUCACAAUUGAUGCUGAGAAGCGUGUCAUCGACAUCAUCGACACCACACCUGAAGAGCUGCAAAAACGAAAGCUGGAGUUCAAGGCACCUGCUCUGAAAUACCAAAAGGGGACGCUGUACAAAUACGCCCACAUUGUACAGGAUGCUAGUCACGGCUGCAUCACGGAUGGCAUGUGAUGAGGUCAGGGUGGGUGACUACCUCAAGGAUGUAUUAUACCCGGUUCAAUACAGCACGGCGUUUGUGGUGGUGGUACUGGUAGUGGCGGUGGUGCACUGAUGGAGGCAUUUAGAGAAAUCUACUCGGUAUUUACUGUAAUAAAAAAGUUGAUGACCGGGCAGGCCUUCCACGGCAUCAUGCCAUGACAAAAGAAAUUUUACGAGUCGAUACGAACACAAGAGCGAGCUCGGAGGUCGGAACAGUGAUCCGUCCCGCACACGCCUCUUUCCGAUUACUGCCCAGGACCUUGGGACCAUUUUGAAUUUCAUCUUAGACAUGCACGCAUAGUCUCACGCUCAAGCCGCCUGUACGGAUUACGGUGUGGACAUGGGAUGCGAUGCAAUCGUGGUGGGAGAGUUUCCCGGAGCGUUUGGAAUUGCUGUUUAUUUUUUUGUCAAAACCAAAGUCACACUAGUAUAUAUAGUUCGACAACACUCAAAGGCGCCUCUUUAGCCGUGAAGAAUUACGACACAACAGGGUGCUGCUGCACUUUCGCAUAUAGGCUCAUUAGUGGAACCAGUGCAGCACGCUGCUAUACGGGUUCUAAUUAUUGCCCGAUGGACUGGAGUGGCAAUGGCAUAUUAAUAGAGUUUUUACGCUCAGCUAGGGCAAACACUUCAUCAUCAUGCGAAGCGAAUCCGAUGUUAGGUAGGUACUGUACCUUCUAGGUGUACCUAUGCUUAUACCGCUUAUAGCAUACAUGUUACCGGACAGAGCCGAAUCAGCUGAUGGAAACGCGCCAAUAUCGAGGCUGCGCGGCCACGUGAGUCUCCCUCUCUACAUACCUACAUGGACCUCGGGGAAGGAAACCCUUCGGAACGUUACGUGAUGUCCGCACACACCUGGCUGGCUCGAUCUCGACACUUUCUACACCACCGUCAGCACCGUAGAAAAGAUCCUGGCUGUAGAGACAGACCAUCGGAAAGAAGCAAAAGGAAAAUGCAAAACCAAAAAAGAAAAGGUUCACGACACGC